AUGCCAUCGACCAACGAAAGCAAAUACAUUAAGGAGGUGUGGGCAGAAAACCUCGAGGAAGAAAUGGCUGUCAUGCGUGAUUUGGUUGAAAAAUAUCCUUACCUUGCAAUGGAUACAGAGUUCCCAGGGGUUGUUGCUCGACCUAUUGGCAACUUUCGUACGAGCUCCGAUUAUCAUUAUCAGACACUUCGAUGUAAUGUCGAUUUGUUGAAAAUAAUUCAGUUGGGACUGACGUUUGCAGACGGUGAUGGAAAUUUACCGCAGGAUAUUUGUACGUGGCAGUUUAAUUUCAAGUUUAAUCUAGCAGAUGACAUGUACGCCCAAGAUUCCAUUGACCUAUUGUUAAAGUCUGGCAUAGAUUUCAAGAAACACGAAGAUUACGGUAUAGACGUAGAACAUUUUGGCGAAUUAUUAAUUAGUUCUGGAUUUGUAUUACUGGACGACGUAAAAUGGAUAUCUUUUCACAGUGGUUACGACUUUGGAUACCUGCUAAAGUUGCUCACAUGCUCGCCACUGCCAGCCGAAGAGACAGAAUUUUUUGAUCUACUACGAACAUAUUUUCCCUGUAUAUACGAUAUAAAAUAUUGCAUCAGAGCUUUCAAAGCCUUAAAGGGCGGGUUACAAGAUAUAGCUGAUGAUAUGGGGGUAACUCGAAUUGGUCCACAACAUCAGGCUGGUAGUGAUAGUUUGCUUACAGCUUCAGUGUUUUUUAAGAUGCGUGAGGUUCAUUUGAACGACAAAAUCGAUGAUUCAAAGUACUUUACCAAUACCAUUAACAAUACCAUUAACAAUACCACUAUUAACAAUAACAGUACCAAUAAUAGCACCAUCAGUAUCACGAACACUAAUGGAACUACAACAUCAACAUCAACAGCAACAUCUACAUCAUCAAUUAAUAGUAUUUGA